AAUACCUCGGAUUCAGUGAAGUACGGCAGGUUCUUCCUGUACAAAACCUGCGUUUUUAGCGAACGUAAUUCGUUUUUUUUUAUAUGUGUGUGUGCAUGGUAUAGAUAUGGACAAUUUUAGAGUAACAUGAUGAGAAGGUGUGUUCAACGCCUAAGGGCGCCCGUCAAACACCUCCUCUGGUUCGCUGCAAUAUGGCUCUUGACUUUCGCCGUUUUAAAGACCGCCCGCGACACUGCCCUCACGCCCGAGCCAUGGCGAGAAGCCGCCAACUCGACCUCGUAUUGGCUAUAUACCGCCGACACUCUGACCUCCGUGGACCCCCAUUACCCAAAUAAGGACGGAGGGAAAAACAGUCACGAGGGAAAAAAACGUCACGAAGAGAAAAACAGUCACGAAGGAAAAGACGGUCACGAAGAGAAAAACAGUCACGAAGGAAAAAACGGUCACGAAGAGAAAAACACUCACGAAGGAAAAAACAUCCACGAAGCCGCCCGCGACGGCACGUGCGCCUGCGCCUUCAAGCGGAGUGACACGGAUUUCUUCCUGGCGAAGGAGUACGAGAGGAAGAUCGCCAGGCUCAACGCAACGACCCUGGAGCUUCUGGAAUCUUCUCACCCGAACCUCCCGGCGUCGUUCCUGCACCGACGAGGACUCGCGGGCGGCUGCCACCUCCUGCCCUCGCAGUUCGGCAUCGCGUGGCACAACGGCGUGUGGCAGGAGGCGGCGGGAGGCGCCGAGGCGGGCGAGAGCGUCUUCCUCUACUCCGCUUUCUACGACCCGAGGACGGGCUCCGGUCUGCCCCCGUGCGUGAGGAUCCUCGGGAUGAGCCAGCGAGAGAAUCCGGACUCGAUGUGGUGCCAGCUGUGGUUCGACGCCCGCGACGCGCCCGUGGUCGCCAGGGUGGCCGACGUCGAUCAUAUUGAUUACCAAGGGAAGGACCCCGGACGCCAGAUGCCUUUCCUGUUCACGUGCCCCCUCCCUGCCCCCGUGGCCCACCUGGUGCCCUCCGCCGUAUCUCUGGCCCCCCUCCCCUGCCGCCCCGCCGGGAACGCCCUCAAGGUCGUGGGAAGUCGAGAGCGAGCGUCGUCUGCCUUCGUCGGCGAGAAGGACGGCAAGAACACCCCUGCCUGGAGCGUCGCCGUCUGCGGCCCCGCCCUCUAUUACUACAACGAAGACUUCUCUGACCGCCUCAUCGAAUGGCUCGAGACGCUGCGGGCCAUGGGCGUGGCGAAGGUCUUCCUGUACGAGACCGACGUGGCGCCCAAAGUCAGCCAGGUUCUCCGCCACUACGAAGUGGAUGGCUUUGUCCGCACCUUGCCUUAUUCUUACCCACCGCCGUAUCCGAAUCAUCCGGUGACGCGAAGGAUAUGGAGACACCUCGAACCCGCCAAGAUGUUCAGCCAAGAGAACAUCUUCUUCAGUGACUGCGUGUUGAGGCACAUGCACGAGUACCGCUUCAUCGCCCACUUCGACCCGGACGAAGUGCCUAUCCUGCCGCGCCACGAGUCCCUCCCCGGGCUGGUUGCCGAUCUGCUCAGGUCCUCUGCGGGUUUGCCUUACCCUACCUACAAUCUGCAAAUGAUCGACUUGUACGAGGAGCUCCCCGGCACAGAGGAGGUGCGAGGUCCCCCUCCUUCCCUGUGGUUUCCCAGGCACACUACAAGACGCAAGGAGGACCCUGAAUUUCAAACGGGUAAAUCGAAACCCAUUUUCGACACGAACAUCGUCCGCACAGUUUCCUCGCACGUGCAUAUCACAUGUGUUGAUAUGUGUGCAGAGUCCACAAAAAGGUUAAGCCCAACCAUGGCUUACAUUGGUCACACCAAAAGAACAUGUGGAGAAGAAUGUCGAGACAGAGAUUUAUUCAGGACAGAGACAGCACAUUUGCGGAAAAGGGAAUCGAUUCUCCAAGCUGUUACUUCCAUUAAGAAAAAGCUACAGCUGAUAUAACUAAGUUUAGUCUUCGCUAUUAAAUGAAUUAAUACAUUUUUUGAAGUUAGCUCACUUUUUUUCUUUCUUUCUUUCUUUUUUAAUGAACAAAUGAAUGAGCGUUACCCUUAGGUCAGUCAUAGCUGUUAAUAAUAAACAGGCUUUUUCAACCAGUGUGAGUUUGUUCAACCUCAAUUUUUAAUAGUUAGUUCAUUCAGCGGAAAGCAAUUUAUUUGUAAUAUUUAUUCUACCCAUUAAGUGCCCUAAUUCCAUAAUACCAG